CGGCCGUUUAAAGGGGGUUGAAGGGGGCAGGCGCUAAAAGGUUUGAAUUCAAAAAGCGUUAGUGGCCGCUGGAGGAGAGUGGAGGAGGUGUCGAGCGGCAAUAAUGGACAAAUCUGGUAAAGAGAACUUGAAUGGGCUUCCAAAUCAUAAUGUCAAGACACCUGCUGCAAAUGGCCCAAAGCGAGUUCCUGUGAGUCAGAAUCGGGCAGCUGGAGAUGCAGUCCAACCACAGCGCGUUCUGGCUGCAUCAAAUGUUCCUCAAAGAAAGCUCAUUCAAUCUUUCAGUUGUGUGGCAGUGGAGGGGGACAUCAUUGAAUUUUCCCAGGUUUCCAGAAUUGUGAAGACUCCACCGCUGUUCCCCUUUGUCUUAGCUAAUAUGGGACAUGUAUCAAAAAAGCCUGAAGCAGAAAGCACAGUGAAACAGAAGACUGAGACCACUAACACAUCAAAUACAAACAACGAGGGGAAAAAAAAACAAUGGUCUCUUGACGAUUUUGAAAUUGGCCGUCCUUUGGGAAAAGGAAAAUUUGGAAAUGUGUAUCUGGCUCGUGAGAAGGAGAGCAAAUUCAUCUUGGCCUUGAAGGUCUUGUUUAAAGUACAAUUGGAAAAGGCAGGUGUGGAGCAUCAGCUGCGUCGGGAAGUAGAAAUACAGUCUCAUCUUCGGCAUCCCAAUGUUCUCCGACUAUACGGCUAUUUCCAUGACACUACAAGAGUCUACCUAAUCCUGGAAUAUGCAUCUCACGGGGAAGUCUAUAAAGAGCUUCAGAAGGUUACCAAGUUUGAUGAGCAGCGUACUGCUACUUAUGUCACUGAAUUGGCAGAUGCACUGUUGUAUUGCCACUCAAAGAGAGUAAUCCACAGAGACAUCAAGCCUGAAAACUUGCUCCUGGGAUCAAACGGAGAACUGAAGAUUGCUGACUUUGGGUGGUCUGUGCACGCUCCCUCCUCUAGGCGAUCAACUCUGUGUGGUACCCUCGACUACUUACCACCAGAAAUGAUUGAAGGGAGGACGCAUGAUGAAAAGGUGGACCUGUGGAGCCUUGGUGUGCUUUGUUAUGAAUUUCUAGUCGGAACGCCUCCCUUUGAAUCAAAAACGUAUCAGGACACAUACAGAGCCAUUUCAAAGGUGGAGUACAGAUUUCCUCCUUUUGUAACAGAGGGACCAAGAGAUCUGAUUUCCAAGCUUCUGAAACAUAAUCCAUACCACAGGCUGCCACUGGAAGAAGUCCUCAAACAUCCCUGGGUUACAGCCAACUCGACAAAAUCUCCCAGGCACGGAAUUGCCGAAGCUGCAACUACUAAAGUAACCCAGUCCUAGCGUGUGAGCACUGCAGUAUUGUAGUUUUGGGCAACCAGCAGUUGUCUUUGCAACUGUUGGAACACAUCCAACCUAGCUGCUUAGACUCAAAAAAGGCAGAAGAGAAUUUACGCUGUGGACUGUUGAUUGUAAGCCUUCUAACAUCACAGCUCAAACUUUAAGGGGCUUCCCACUGCAGUUUCACAGAGCAUGGAUAUCUCUUACUUGAAGUCCAGAUGCACGUGAUCCCAACGCACCCCGGCACACUUGGUCAAAGCCCUCCACCAUUUGGCCGGUAUUCACAAGUUUCCCUCUUUGGGUUAUUGGAACAAGUGCAAUAACAGCGAAGACUACAGUCAGUGCGGUGAUGUGAAAUUAAUUGGAUUUGCUUUUCUAAGUGUGUGCUAAUGACUGUUGUCUCUUUAAUUGUCUGUCCUGUCCUUAGUUGUAAGACAUUUGAAGCUUUUAUUAAAUAAAGAUUUGAUUAUUGGCACAA